UCCUCUCAGUCUGAAGGACUCCAGCUGCAGGUCGCGGCGGAAUCUGGGAGCCAAGAUGCGGGCUAUCGGGGCCGCGGGAAUCGGUGUGCUGUGGGCGGCGCUGGUCGUGCUGGUCCCCGGCUGUGUGUCGGAGCUGGUGACACUGGUGCAAGAGCAGGUCCAGCCUGAGUCCUCUCUGCUGCCUCCGAAGGUUAUGAUCGCGAUCCUGGCGCGGAACGCAGCGCACAGCCUGCCGCACCACCUGGGCUGCAUCGAGCGGCUUGAGUACCCGAAGGAGCGCAUAGCGAUCUGGGCAGCGACAGACCACAAUGUGGACAACACCACGGCCAUGUUGAGAGAAUGGCUGAAGCGGGCCCAGCGCUUGUACCACUAUGUGGAGUGGAGACCGAUGGAGGAGCCGAGGUCCUACACAGACGAGUGGGGUCCAAAGCACUGGCCUCCUUCUAGAUUCAACCACGUCAUGAAGCUGAGACAGGCGGCUCUGAAGGCUGCUAGAGAACGAUGGGCCGACUACAUCCUGUUUGUUGACAGUGACAACCUGCUGACCAACCCUGGAGUGCUGAAACUGCUGAUGGCCGAGAACCUGACCCUGGUGGCUCCCAUGUUGGAGUCUCGCUCUCUCUACUCUAACUUCUGGUGUGGCAUCACCCCCCAGGGUUACUACAAGAGAACCCCAGACUACCAGCCCAUCAGGGAGUGGAAGCGGCUCGGCUGCUUCCCCGUUCCCAUGAUUCACAGUACAUUCCUGUUGGACCUGCGCCGUGACUCCAGCCGGGACUUGACCUUCUACCCUCCUCACCCAGACUACAGCUGGGCGUUUGAUGACAUCAUGGUGUUCGCCUUUUCGGCACGCCAAGCAGGUGUGCAGAUGUAUGUGUGUAACAGGGAGCACUAUGGUUUCCUGCCCGUUCCCCUCAAGCCCCAACAAAACGUAGAGGAUGAGAGAGAAAGUUUCAUACAUACCAUUACAGAAGCUCUGAUUGACCACGAGAUCGAUCCAUCGGAGUACGUCUACUCUCUGCCCUCACUGCCAAACAGGAUGGGCUUUGAUGAAAUCUUCCUGAUUAAUCUGAAACGCCGUCUGGACAGAAGAACCAGGAUGUUGAAAACAAUGGCCUCUCUGGGUCUGCAUGCUAUGCUGAUAGAUGCAGUAGAUGGAAAGGCUCUGAAUACAUCCCAGCUUCAGGCUCUGGGUAUUGAGAUGUUGCCAGGCUACAAGGAUCCGUACUCGGGUCGAGUCCUCACCAGAGGGGAGAUCGGCUGCUUCCUGAGCCAUCACUCUAUUUGGACUCAGGUAGUUGAACGAGGCCUCCAGAAGGUUCUGGUUUUAGAAGAUGAUGUGAGGUUUGAGCCCAGGUUUAAACGAAGGCUUCAGGCCAUCAUGGAUGACAUCGACAGGGCUCAGCUGGACUGGGACCUCAUCUACGUGGGGCGUAAACGGAUGCAGGUUCAACACCCAGAGCAGUCGGUGGACGGAGUGAACAACCUGGUGGAGGCUGACUACUCCUACUGGACCCUGGGCUACGCGCUGUCCCAGCAGGGUGCCAGAAAGUUACUGGCUGCCCAGCCCUUCACCAAAAUGCUGCCCGUUGAUGAGUUUCUACCGAUCAUGUUCAACAAACACCCCAAUGUGCAGCACAUGUCUCACUUUGAGCGGCGGGACCUGAAGGCCUUCUCUGUGGAGCCGCUGCUCAUAUAUCCGACCCACUACACCGGAGAGCCCGGCUACAUCAGCGACACGGAGACGUCCACCAUCUGGGACGACGAGGCCGUGGCCACAGACUGGGACCGGCAGCACGACCGAAAAACAGCCCAGCAGGGUCGAAUCCGACCCGUGGCACAGAACAGCGUCACUGGGGACUCGCCUCCUCCUGCAGCUCGGGCGACGCGAGAUGAACUCUGAAACGAAGACGGAGACACAGUGGACGUCUCGUGUUCUCAGAUUUGGAAAAAGACACUAGAGCUGACAUGCCUGUGCCGACGUUCACCCCCCACAGGAACAGGUGAAUCAGUGCAUCUUAUCAGCUGCACGAGGAGUAGACGGAGAGUUAAAGAAUAAAACAGACGAUGAGCAGGAUUGGGAUGAAGGCCAGCACAAUUUUGACAAAAAAAUAAUUUAUUCUCCAUGUGUCUGCAGCCAGUGUGGACGCCUCCAUGGCCUGAAACACAUCAGCCAACAUCAUUUACAGAAUGUGAAAGGAAUCAAUCCUCACAAGAAUGGAUUUCUGUAUAGCUUGAAACAUUAGAGUUUAAACAGCACAGAUGUGUGCCAAACAGACAGCUGUGGAAUAAAAAAUGUUUGAAAACUUUUUCAUAAAACUGUGCAACAACACUUCUGCUGUAUUUGAGUGUGCUGGCGUGCACGUUGAUGCAUCUGUGCACGUACAGAACCGAGCAUGUGUGUUGGUGGGAGGAGAGAGGCUGACUUAUUGUACCCACAGGUGUCACUGCUUCAGAUGAAGUCAUGCAAACACAAACAACAAACACACACUUGCACACAUGCACACACACGCAUGCGUGCGUGCGUGCGUGCGUGCGCACACACUGGCACACACACUCAGAAAUAAAUAAAAGUGUAGCCGAUUCUUGCCAAGCUGCAGGACAGAAACAGAUGCUCAUCUGGACAUAAAUGUCUGUUUCUGCAGGAAGAAAACAACUUUUUAAAAGAAAGUAAUAAAAGCAUCUUUUCCAAGCUGGCUGGUCUUGCUUGUUAAGAUCAUCAGUGAGCAUUUAGGAAACACUCCUUUCCAUGACACAAGCUCCGCUCUGUCCAAUUGUGCUGCUGAGGUCGAAGCAAUAAAACAACUUCUUAACUUG